CUGUGGACGCUUGAGUCAAACAGUGACAAGAUCUGAGAACUCCACUACUGAAGAGUUCACUCACCUUUAGGGGUAUGUGCCGAGUGUGGGUAGGAGUGGGUGUGGAGAUUCAGGGAUGUUGCAAAUGACAGGGCAACGAAUGGCAAAAGUCAUCCCAGCAAAGGUUACAGCUCAGGGAAUGAACUCAGAAGAUUGAGCAGCUAACCUCCCAGAGCCCAGAGGCACCAAACAGCGGAGGGGGAGACUUUCUUUGGACAGCUGCAUUGACACAAAAACAUCUGCCCCUCCUCCAGACACAAACAGAGUUUCUGUCUGACCAUGGAUGGAAACCGACAUGGGAUUCCUGCUCCAGCCCUGACCAGCUCAGGACCUCACGAUACAACAGCAGGGAGCUCUUAUCCCGAAAUGGACAUGAUGACGCCAGAACAGCUGCAGGAGAUGAUAUGGUUUUUCCGAACGGAAGACUCUUCCAUGUGGAAUUAUUGCAUGCUCGCCCUGUCGUUUGCGGUUCUCCUCCUAGGUAUUGUACUGCUGGCAAUGAACACCAUGGCAAACAGGAAUCGGAAGGCCAAGCUUUUACACAGUGACAGCGAAGGAUACAAAGCCGCGGAGUCCGACGGGACGGAAAUAAAGCAAGCGUUUGUGACUCUGAAGGAAGAAGCUGCCGCAGAGGAUUUGCUCCCCAAAGUCCAAAAUGCAGGAGAGGUGACCGUCCAGUGGAAGGACGGGAACGUCACAGCUCUGUACACAGACGCGGCUGAACAGGACGUAUAACAAUGAAUGGGAUUUUGUUCUAAAAGAGUGUAACGCGCCUCUGGCUCCAGGGAACAGUCUGCAUUUUUUUGAUGAGGGCAUCAAACAGAGCAGAGGUCAUGGAGGAAGGGUUGGAAUUGGGUUUCGAGUCGCGGGUAGGGGUGACACAUGCCAGUUUCCAUCAUGUUAGAUGUGGCGCAACCGUCUGUAUAUCGAUCAUUUAUUUACCUAAUGUACAGCCUGCCUUUCUCCUCAGUGGGAA